AUGUGGAAGGCUGACGACCAGCUGCUGAUAGAACGUCUCGCUAUGCCUAACUCACACAUGUGCUCAAAUUCUUGUUUUGCUGCUCGCAAGCGAUCUGGUGCUAACCGGCGUGCUUUGCUAUGCACUGGAGGACCGAUGAUAGAUGAUUUUCAAUGCUUGCUGCUGUGUGGUCGUGAGCUGCGCAUCUACAACCUGGACACGGGGGAGCUGGUUAUCAAGCUGCGUGAGGUCAUGAACCAAAAGAUGCCGUUCUUUGGUCUUAACCGCCCUGACCACGUGGUUGCCCUCUCGCGCUCCCGCAUGUACGUCAACAUGAUGAACAUUGCCAAGGGGGAGUGCGUCGCAACAUUCAAGGUUGGGGAAGACAGGUUCCUGAACAGCCUGACGGUGUCAGAGAACGGCAAGACGUGCGUGUGCGGCGACGACACGCAGAAGGUGUCAGCGCUCCUCGUCUGGGACCUGAGUCAGCGCAAGCUCAUGUACGACCUCAGGAUCCCGCAUCAUGAGUUCCUGACCCGCUUUGUUGCCAUCACCAGCGAGGGACACUACGUCGCCUGCGUCUGUAGGGAAAAAGAGGAGCACGCGGUGAACUUCAUCGUGGUCUACGACCUGGCGAGCGGCACUUUGUUCAAGCGCUGGAAGCCUGGCGCGAGCAGCCUGGCCCUGACCAUCUCCACGCCCGGUGGCAGCGUCGUGGCAGCGCUGGAGGACGCCACGGUAACGGCCAACGACCUGGUCACAGGCAACCCGCGUUGGCUCGUGAAAGGUCACACGUACCCCGCAGACACGAUACGCGUGGACCCCAGGGGCACGUUCGUGCUCACCUAUGACUCCACGGGGCACGAUCGGGCCAUUCGAAUCUGGGACAUGCAAACAGGAGCCAGCCUCUCGGUGUGGACGCCCGACAGUCCGGUGACGGCGUGCGAGGUGAGCGCCGACAGCAGGUGUGUGGUGGUGGCGCUGGCCGGGCGCGCGGACCUCAUCACGCUGGUCAUCGCGCACAAGACUUUACCGGGCCUUGAAGAUGUUAAAGUUGAUGAAAAAAUCUACGGCAAUGAGGAAAAUAAAGGCAAAGAGUUCGAGCUGACGUGAGGACCGUAGAAGAUUUUUUAUAACUUUGUUGAGUCUUGAAGAUAUUAAAGUUGAUGAAAAAAUCUACGGUAAUGAGGAAAAUAAAGGCAAAGAGUUCGAGCUAGCGUAACCGUAUCAUCACGCUGGUCAUCGCGCACAAGACUUUACCAGGCCUUGAAGAUAUUAAAUUUGAUGAAAAAAUCUACGGUAAUGAGGAAAAUAAAGGCAAAGAGUUCGAGCUGACAUGAGGACCAGAGAAGAGUUUUUUAAUGACUAUCAUGAUUGAAAUCGUGAUUGAAAUAUGUUUGAGAACAUUGGCCGGUCCAUCCUGUUGCUAGCCGAAGUUAUAUCAUGACUUUACCAGGCCUUGAAGAUAUUAAAUUUGAUGAAAAAAUCUACGGUAAUGAGGAAAAUAAAGGCAAAGAGUUCGAGCUGACGUGAGGACCGUAGAAGAGUUUUUGGAUGGCGGUUGUGAUUGAAAUAUGUUUGAGAACAUCGGCCGGUCAAUCGUAUUGCUAGCCGAAGUCAGUAUCAUUUGUGUCGGCUCAACUCAGUUUAAUAUACGAGAUGAGACGAAAUGUGUGGUGCGUGGUCGUAAUUCGCUCAAUUUUAGAAACAUUCUUAUUCGUCGUCUUGGUGACCUCUUCUUUGAUAUUCAUUCUUACUCAGUGCGGGAGAAUAAGAUGAAAAAAUAUUUUUUUUAAUGUAUGCAUACGAGGAAGAAAUUCAUUAGUACGGAAUACCAGAAAUACUAUAAUUUUUCCCGUUCAUAAUCUAACUGAAUUCAGCGGCAGGUAGUUUAGAGCAGAUAAGUAGGUAGUUUCUCCGUACUGCUUCUCCCUCACAUACUUGAGACUCGAAUUUAAUUUGAACGUGGAAAAUCCGUCAUCUAAGUCAUUUAAAUUCGAGAUUUGAACGGUUGCAGAAAAGUUUGAAAAAUUUGUUAUGUGGAAAACCGGUAGAAUAGAUUGCAGUUACGACGAAUAAUCUUGGCAUGUACUGACAGAAAUCGAUGUCUAAUAUCUGUAUAAAGUAUUAAAGGGAGAAAAAAUAUAACUUCUGGAAGAACAGAUUUAAUGAAAGCUUUAUACUAUAGAUCUAUGUUACUCAGAUGUGUUCAUAAAAUUUUUAUGAUAACAAUUUCUGCCAUCUUUUUAUAUAAUAUAUUUUUGCUUCACUACGAUAUUUAUGGUUCAGGCAUCUAUUUGGAUCCUGACUUUUUAAAGUAUUUUACUUAUUAUAUUCAACUAGCUUGAAUUACUAGCAGUUUUCGAAGGAGUUUUACAGUACACUUUUCCGACAUGAAUUUGAUUUAGUAUUUGUUUACGGUGAUAAUAACUGCACAUUAGAUAAACUUCCUUCUGAGUUAUAUCUAUUGAUUUCAGUAAUAUUAUUGUCCUCAAAUUAAGCCAUAAUAAUCAUUCGAACGGGAUUAUUUAUCUCUAGGAGUAUCUUAGAUUGGGUGUAUUUCUGAAAUCAUCCUUGUGAGCAAACUUCUAGUUAACCAUUCUAGUCGUGGAUGUUCUUGGAGGCGAGCUUGGCAUACCGGUUAUGACUGUGAGUAGAAUUUUGAAUAGGUUUAAUAUGGCGACUGCGAUUUAAUUUGUUAUGCAAACCUUUGCAUCUUAUUUUUAGCCUUCUAGACCUUUAUAGGCGAGCUUUUGAAAGAUGUUAACAGCGUCGUAUGGUUUAAUUAUUGUUAAUUAAAAAUCGCUGCCAUUAGAAUAUUCUCAAAUGUUUGUAACAGGUGAGACGUGUUCAACCUAUAAUUAUAUCUUUCAAUGAUGAUAUUUUUUUGUGAAAGAAAUAUGUACUCCUCAUCUUCAGUAAUUCGAUGUGUUUCUUCUGAUUCCUGAAGCCACUGUAGAUCAGGCUAUAUUUCAAUAUUUCAGAAGCAAUAGGAAAUACUUAACUAUUAAGUUCCUGUUAGACAUGACAUGGUUGUCAAUAGGUUGCUGGAAGUUGUUUGUGAACAUGUAACUCUCUAACAUAAGUUCUAUAUUAAUUACAGUCGCUCAAAAAUGUUCUUCUUCGAUGAACUGAUAUGCAUAUAUGGAUAUCUUAACUGAUCAUUCUAUUCAAUGUUGUUGAU